UAAUGGAUCAAUCGCAAGCGAGAAAACGGCAAAAGAACAUGUGGAUAUCUAUCUUUUCUCAGGGUGGGAGACGCACGGAGAGAGACAGAAAAGAGAUUCCAGGAUCAUUGAUCACGAGCUGACGGAUUCCCUCUUUACUCUCAUUCUCCAGCACUUUUACCACCGACCCGUCUCUGGAUAGUUACAGCGAGCCUCCCCACCCUCUCUCUCUCUCUCUUCUCUUCCCCUCAGCAGCCCCAUCGCAAGAACGCGAAGCAGCGUACCGUCCAACGAGAUUUUCCUUCUUUCUUGAAUCUCCUCCUCCUCCUCCUCCCCUUUCUCGAAGCAGCGUGCCGUCCGCGAAUUGCGUCCUCUUCGGCGUGCACCGAAUCAGCUCCCUCACCAUAACCACCACCUUGCGGGCCUUAAACCCCGAACACCGCGGCCCGGUCGUUCCGCUCCCCCUGAUCGGACGCGCCGGGUUUCGCCACCCGCCUAGCGGAGCCACAGUGUCGCCGACGCCGCCGACGAUCGAGGUCGUCCGCCGUGUCGCUGGAACCUCAGCGACGAAGCUCUCGCUGCUCCGUUGCGUCGCGCCCCGCUCACGGCGGUUUCAUGUCCCGGUAGCUGCGUCGUUGCUGCGUCGUGCCGUUGUGCCGUGGCUCGCCUCUUCGGGCCCUGUCGGAUUGGACCUGUUCGCAUCCCGUUCUGUCUUGCCCUGCUUCGGAAUCUUGGCCCGUGGAGGUUCUGGUCUCUCUCCAUCAGGCUGUUAUUCCUCAGCUGUCUAAUCCCAUCAUGUUUUGUGAUUUGUUGAAGAAAUCAUACGACAUUGUCGGAGUUGUCAGUGUCAUGGCUCUCAGCAGUCUCUUCAUCCUCAUGACGCAACAUGGCUUAGAUUACCCCUACUAUUAUGAAAAGCUGCUUGUUUCCUGCUUAAGAUCACCGGUCCUUCCAGCAUACUUGGCUGCGCUGGUUGUUGUUGCACCAAUCCUCAAUCUCUUUCAAUGGCAUCCUUCAAUCAACUGUUUGGUGCACAGGGAGGAUGGUGAAUCUGAGGCCAAGGAUGAUAUGAAAGAGCAGAUUGUUGGUAAUAGAAAUGACUCAACUGGCAUAAAUUUGCCUAAGAAACGCGGUUUUGAUCUUUUCCAUGAUGCUAGUGGACCGUCCAAGUCAUUAAAACCAGAAGUUGACCUAAAAGAGAAAAGCAUGAAUCUUCUGUAUAUAUUACUGGUUAAUCUACUGCCCUUUAACAUUUUCCUGGUAUUCUCUGCCACCAAAAUAGCUAAGAAGAUAAAAUUGAUGUUCACUAAAUCAUGGAUUUCAUUUUUGAGGUUGCCACUUCCACUUGAUGCAUAUAAGGAGGUUCUGGUCUCUCUCCAUCAGACAGUUAUUCCUCAGCUGUCUAAUCCCGUCAUGUUUUGUGAUUUCUUGACGAGAUCAUACGACAUUGGUGGAGUUGUCAGUGUCAUGGCUCUCAGCAGUGUCUUCAUCCUCAUGACACAACAUGGCUUAGAAUACCACUCCUUCUAUGAAAAGCUGCUUGUUUCCUGCUUAAAAUCAACCCUCCUUCCAGCAUACUUGGCUGCUGCUAAGAAACUGAGUCGACUAGCACUCUCUGUGCUUCCGGUUGGGGCACUUUUUAUUAUUGCUUCUAGCUGCAAUCUCUUACAAUGGCAUCCUUCAAUACCUGUCUGGACUUAUUUUUACUUUUUGCUUGAUAUAAAUCAUGCGGCUCAUGCACUUUGCAUUUUUCCAAAUGUAGAACUCAGGAAACCUCCACCAAACUCAACUUUUAACAUGUAGAUAUUAGAUUGCAUUAUUUUUUGUUAGCUAAACUUUUUUAAAUUUUCUGAGAUUUGAAUAAUAUUUUAAAUUUUGGUGUUUUCUUUCUUUUAAAUG